UACUCCACCAGUGAUUCAAACCAUAUUCCUUGCUCUGCGGGAUUCUGUUUAUUUACUUUUGUAAAUUGCAGUAAAAUUAGUUUACAAACAGUUGCGUUAUUCUCGUGAAGUACUCUUUUUGAUAAAAUGUUGUCUGAAGUCUGAACGAUUAUUUUAUUGUAUGAUGACGAGCAGCUUGGGAUAAGUUGUCAGGUGGAAUAUUAGAGUACUAUUAUGUUGGCAUCUGCAUUAUGCAUUUGUUUAAUAUUUGUUGUGACACUGUCUGCAGGUUAAGCUAUUUUGCAAGUUCUCUCCACUUUGGAUCUGGUAGUGAGGUCAUUCUUGGGUUCGGAUGAAAACAAUUGCAAUGUGCUUCUCUCUCUUUCAAGUUCCUCGAUGCAAAAUUCACACCUUAACUAAUUCGUGGUGGGGAAGUUAUAUAAAGUUAGGUAGAGGUAGUCUUGGUAAUUCUAGCUUCAAAAUUGUUGGUUCUCAUAAAUAUGAUAUUGAAGGAGGAUAUAGUAGGAGGUGGAUUAGAAGAUCUGUAAAUACGAAAACAGGAGGAAACAAGGACACCUUGAGCGGCAAAACUAGUAUCAGACAUGAAAUUUCAGAGGAAACAAGUAACAUUAAGUUGAAUACAUAUGAAUUAGAAACAACUGAAAUAGAAAGAAAUCAAUAUUAUGUUCAAACAAAUAUUGCUGACAACAAAGACUUGGAAAACCUUGCAACUUUUAUUGUUUUCGAUAUUGAAACUACUGGGCUUGGCAGAGAGAAUAAUCGGAUUAUUGAGAUUGCAUUACAAGACCUACGAGGAGGAGAAAACAGUACUUUUCAGACUCUAGUGAAUCCGGGACGUUAUGUGCCAAACACAUACAUUCACGGCAUUUCAAGCAACAUGGUCAAUAGAUCUGAUGUUCCCAGGAUGGAGCAGCUGAUUCCCAUCUUACUCCAGUAUAUACAAAGCCGCCAGAUACCUGGUGGAGAUGUGGUUUUAGUUGCUCACAAUGCUCGCACUUUUGAUGUCCCCUUCUUGAAAAGAGAAUUUAGUCGCUGCUCUUAUGAGAUUCCUUCGGAUUGGUUAUUCAUCGACACCCUUCCACUGGCUCGUGCAGUGAUGAAAUCUAAAGGAUCAAAAGUUCCUUCUAAAGUAACUUUACAAGCCCUCCGAGAAUACUACAGUAUUCCAUUGAUUGGUUCGGCCCAUAGAGCCCUAUCGGACGUACACUCGUUGGCAAUGGUUCUCCAGAGGUUGACAUAUGACCUGAAAUUGCCAAUAUCUGGCCUACUUCAGAGCUCGUUUAAGUAAGAGAGAGUUGUGGCCAAGUUCAGUUCUUUAGGUUCUCUUUGUUAUAUUAUUUG